AUGACGACCACCGGUACGAAGAGGAGAAAGCUGGCGCACCAUUCGUCCGACGAUGAGUCGCAGCCGACUUCGUCCGGCCGAAAGGCGCAGAAGGACUUUUUCAGGCACGCUUCCAAUUGGAACCUCGAACAGGACUACGAAACCCGUGCCCGAAAGGGCAAGAAGCAUGCGAAGGAGAGCAACAAACUCCCCCAGAUAAAGACGUCGGAUGGUCGGAUAGAGGUUCUACAAGUGCCGCGAAACGAAGACGACGCGGCGUCCAUUGAGAGUGAUGCGGACUGGCUCGAGGGUCGCGAAGAGGAGGAGAUGGAGUCCGAAACGGAUGAAAUCGAAGCUGCCGAAGUAGUUCCCGCAAUCCCAGAGCCCCAGCAGAUUCUGGAGGCGCAGGAAGAGCUCGCAAAGCUGGCAAUGGCCGUCAAUGAAGAUCCAGAGGCCAAUGUUGCUUCUCUGAAAGCCAUGGCAGAGUUUGGAAAGUCCAAGGUUGCCACCAUCCGGAUGCUGGCGCUCAUGACGCAAAUGACAGUCUACAAAGAUAUAAUUCCAGGAUAUCGGAUACGGCCGCAGUCCGAGGAGCCCAAGAACGAAAAGAUCUCCAAGGAAGUCCGUCAGCUGAGACAGUUUGAGCAGGCUCUGGUAUCAGGCUAUCGCGGCUACAUCAAGGAGCUUGCCUUGUGCGCCAAGUCGGAGACGACACGGAUGCGGAAUGGGAAGAGCCUCUCCAACAUCGCCGUCACUUGCGCCUGCGCUCUUAUGACGUCGGUUCCGCACUUCAACUAUCGUUCUGACCUCCUCAAAAUCCUCGUCGGCAAGCUGAGCAGACGAAGGGUCGAUGAGGAUUCAGCCGAAUGCCUGAAGGCACUGGAGACGCUCUUCUGCGACGAUGAGGAAGGCAGGCCGACACUUGAGGCCGUCUCGCUAUUGGCCAAGAUGAUGAGGGCCCGCGAUUUCGAGGUGGACGAAAGCGUCGUGAACCUCUUUCUGCGCCUUCGCCUCCUGACCGAAUUUGUAGGCAAGGCAUCCCAAGACAGGGUCGAACGACCAAGCGAGAACGCCCCUAAACCGCAGAAGAGAGAGUUCCGCAACAAGAGGGAGAGGAAAGCGAUGAAGGCGCAAAAGGCGCUGGAGAAGGACAUGGCCCAAGCCGACGCACUUGUCAGCCACGAAGAACGCGAUAGAAUGCAAUCCGACACUCUCAAACUUGUCUUUGCGACCUACUUUCGCAUUCUGAAGCAACGCUCACCGCAUCUCAUGGGUGCUGUUCUCGAGGGAUUGGCUAAAUAUGCUCACCUUAUCAACCAGGACUUCUUCGGUGAUCUCCUGGAGGCUCUCAAGGACUUGAUUCGCCAUAGUGACGAAGACGCCGAAGCCGACCCGGCUGAGGCUGGAGAGGAAGAGGAGGACGAGGAUGGCUUGCCUUCCCGAAACUUGACCCGCGAAGGACUCCUCUGCACCGUCACAGCGUUUGCCCUCCUCGCUGGACAAGACGCCCACAACUCUCGAAACGAGCUCCAUCUCGAUCUAUCCUACUUCACUACCCACCUCUUUAAAUCCAUCCUCCUGCUCGCCACCGCUGCCGAUCUUGAAAACACCACCCUCACUCCGUCCUCCUCCUCGUCCACGUCCAAGAUCAAUGUGCAGACCACCACCGUCCUUCUUCUCCGAUCCCUUACCGGUGUCCUCCUACCCGCCUUCAACGCCCGCCAAGUCCCGCCUCUCCGCCUAGCUGCCUUUUGCAAGCAGCUCAUGACCACAACGCUGCAUCUGCCCGAGAAGUCGGCCCAAGCCGUUCUCGUCCUGCUCGGAGACGUCGCUCACGCCCAUGCUAAGAAGGUGAGCAGCCUGUGGCACACAGAGGAGCGCAAGGGCGAUGGCAAUUUCAACCCCUUGAGCGAUUCAGUUGAGGGAAGCAAUCCGUUUGCAUCUACUGUGUGGGAAGGAGAGUUACUGAGGAAACAUUUCUCACCCAAGGUGAGGCAGGGCACCAGGAUGCUGGAAAAGGACAUGUCAGGCUAG